AUGUCUAGAUUUUUUGAGUCGAUUGACGAGGAGAGAGAGGAAAGUAGCCGAGUAAAGAUAAAAGAAAAGACUUAUGAGGCAUCUGAGAAGCAGGGGAAGAAGGAGAAGAGACUCCAUGAUCUCCAGUGCAGAGUGAUGGAGCUGGAGGAGGAAGAAAACCAGAAGAUUUUUGACAAGCAACUAAAGAAGAUACUUGUCGACAUCCGAAAGAUGGAGGGGUAUUUGAGCAGGGGCCUUCCUCCGUUUUUGAAGAAGUUCUUGGAGUCGCCGAGAGUAUACACUAAGACCCACAAGAAGACAAUUGACGAGCUGCUGGCCCAUCACGAGCCCAAAGAAGAUGAGAAUGGGCAACAAGAGGAUCGGAGAGACGAGGAGAGGCUGUCCAGGGAUCUAAGCAAGAUACUGGUCAUCAAAGACACAGAGGAGAGAAGAAAAGAGUUAGAAGAGUUCAAGGAUAGUGCAAAGGAUAAAGAAAUGAAGGCCAAAGCCUUAAGGACUCUCCUGUCUAUCCACAUGAAGUCCAAGGAUGGGGUGGAGAUCAUGAAGACGAUCAACGAGUUGCUUGAUUGCUUUGGGGAUAGAGAAAAAAACACGCUUCUGGAAAACAUAGACUUCUAUCUUGAGACUCUGUAUGAGAUUCUUGACUCUCCGAAGAUAAGUACUUACAAUGGCCUUCUUAAAAGGCUUUUGGAAAUAGACCCGAAGCUUGUCGAAAGAAGAGUUCUACAGUUUGAGUUUUUCAAGCUGGGAAGGCCGGCAAAAACAGAGGACAGGUUGUUCAGGCUUCUCUACAUUGAUCGAACCCAAGGAUAUGGGGAGUCAAGGAAGUACUAUGAGUCGAUCAAGGACACAAUAGGAGAGGGGAAGAUUGAGCAAGAAGUUCUAGGGGAGUUUGGAUUGUCUUCGUUCCGCAGUGGAGACUUCGAGACCUCGUUUGAAGUUCUUUCAAAGUGUUCUGAGGUGCAGCCUCCAAACCACGGCCUUGUGAUGAAGCUCCUCUGUGUGAUACUCAACGACAGGAUCCGAGGUUCUCCAGUCCAUAAGAAGUUUCUCGAGGAUUUCAAGAGCUUCGGAAAAAACAGAUUUUGCCUUCCGUCAGGAGACAGCGCAUUUGAGGUGUAUAGAUCUUUUUAUCUCCUGAACAUGCUUGACAAGAAGGGAGCUGGAGAGAUAGUAAAGAGAUUCUGCGAGGGAUUUGAGGAGUCCAUCUGGUUCAAGGACUUUGUAGAAUCGAGGAUUAAAGGCUGA